AGUUUCUCUGUCACUCAGAACUUUGUGAUAAGUACGUAAAACAAAAAACCUUUUUAUCAGUCAAAGGUAAGCGAAACAUCAUGGGUGCCAUACGUGGUCCUCGGGGCAUUCUACGGCCCCAAACAGCGAUUGGCACAGUAAACAAACGUCGCAAACAGCCUCCCAACAAGGCUAGUGUGGAACAACUCAGGGGGCCGGACGAGUUCGAUUUGCUGCACAUUCGCGGACGGAAUGUGAAUUCCACGGUGCAGAAGAAACCUGAAGAGGAAAAGGUACGACUUCAUCUGGAGUGCCUUGAAAUAACUGGAGUAGUUGACUCCACCAUGGUUUCUUUUACAAAGUUUGAAUUCCCCUCAUUGAAUCGCAAAGAUCACUCAUCUAUCAAACCGUCAUGAUUGAUUUAGGUCGCAAAACAAGCCCGCCCGAUCGAGGACCGUCCUUUCGGCGCCAUCGAAAACGAUUCGUAUUGGUGGACGCGAAUUCGACCGCAGUCAGCGCACGAGAAAGCGAAUCACAGACAGGAAAUCAUCGAUUUCGUACCCAACGGCUGUGGUGGUUUCAGACCAAUCCGGGGAAGCUCCUUACCCCCGCAAAGACCGCAGUCAGCUUAUGCCGGCUCUGUCGCCCGUGCAGCUCGGGUGAAUAUUGUGGACGAAAUUAACGACGACGCGAUGAGUUGUUCCGCUUCAUCCUCCUCGAGUAGCUCGGGUGCGCCGCUUCGGCUACCGCUACCAGGAGCGCAUGAAAAACCAGGAACAAGGAGCACCCUCGGCGGGGAGCCCGCGCCAACAGCAGAAGACCGUUCAUCUUUUCGUCCGGUCUACUACCCCGAGGACGGUGCUACGGAAAUUCCAAUCACAGGACAACCAGAAGCUCCUGACUCUCCGGAGCCACCAGGAGCAAUUACCGGUCCGCCCGCGAAGAAGCUGCGGCCUACGUCCGCCCCAGCGACGCGGAGCAUCGCGUGGCACAAAAACCACCUCCUCGACCAGAAAGAGAUCGAGUCAAACGUCCCGACGUCACAGCGCUCGCCCAUGUCCAGCACCUGGACCGCGAAGGAUAACGAACGGCAGAAAAGAGUGAAAUUUAUCAGCGUGUCCCCAACGAGCGCCACCUCCUUACCCCCGGGGAUGGUGAAAGGAGACCCAAACGAGCACGAGGUGAACGCGGAACUGUACCCAUAUUACGUCGACCACCCGAAAGUCCCAAACAUCAGGCAGAGAACCUCGGGAAACUACGAAACGGACUAUUUGAAGCAGCCGAACUCGACGUUUGCACGACCGGUGCGCGUAGCGAUACAGGGGCGGCACAAGGACCUCGCGGGGAUUCAGGACCGCAGGGAAGUUCGCGCGCGCCGGGAGCAGGCGCGCUUGGCGGAACUGCAUAAGAAGAUCGAGCAGGAGCGGCUCGAUCUGUUCAAGGGACCGCCGCCGAUUCCGGAAGGCUGGGGAAACCGGCCGGGGCUGCAGCCGACGGAUGUCGAGAGCGACACGGAAAGCUACAUUUCAACAGGUGAAGUUCUGAUUUGAGUGUGGUCCUGCUGAAAUUGAAUUGAUUUCAUGACGAGGAUUGGAUCGAUCGUAGCUGCAUGCAUGGUGAGCUGCACUGCUCUCUACUUGCUGGUUAUCUCGCAUGAGAGAUAGAAAUCGAAUUCGAAAUCGAACUACCAGGUAACAUCACCUACACGGAAGACUGCCCACCGCUCUACGACAAGUACCGGUUUUACAGCAAUCACAUUAUGCGCGACCUGGCCUGUGGCCGACCCUCGCAGGACGGGGUGAGAACUCUGGAUAAAAAGUUCGACCUGGAUUACUACCAGAGCAAAGCCGGCGAGAAGGACAUUUCUCCGGGGGCGGCAGCGCGGGACGGAACCGUCGGCCACGAAACGGACUACAGGCGGAACAUGCGAUUCUUUUGGGAUACCAGGUACACAGAACGCGUUCGUGUACAUGUUCGAACGUCCCCAUGUUGACCAAAUUCAAAUUACAAAUAGCUUGUGUCUCGCACUUGCUCGUCUGACAUCCGUCAAAGCUCACUUGAUAAGGGAGGUUAUUUCAUGAAUAAAAUCAACAAACGAAAAAUCUUUCCACAGGUCGGACUACACAGAUAUGGACAUUUCGAAGCGCAAGAAGAAAAUCGACAUCCAGAAGCGCGAAAAGUUUGACCACAGCGUGCUCAAAGCGAACUACCCACGGUGCUACAGCCAGAUGGAGCAGGACCCGCUGCCCUCGGUCGCGCCGAAGGUUUUUCCGAAGCGCCACGUACCUUUCACAGCACUGUUCAAGAAUCGGGUCCACAUCCGCCGCCCUCCGUAUGGUUAGGGGUGGCGAAGGUGAGGUUGGACAUCUCAAUGAAUGUACAACUCAGCAGGCCGCUAUAGGGACCACAAACGUAAUGAAGCCCUUUCUUACACAAAUACAAUGUAUCAACCCUAUCUAAAAAACUAUAUCCCAAUGAACCCUCUGUGUAUCGUCCACGUAAUCCCAAUGUUCGUAGGUAGGACGAACCUGUAAGAUCAAAUGAACUAGAACUUCUCAAAUUUAUUUUCUGGUAAUUGUAAUGUGAACCCUGCUUCUGUUGCUGCGUGUAGGUGUAGAAGAACUCAACUGCCAGUACACCGUGUACUGGCAGUUGAGUUCUUUCUUCUGCUGCAGCGAGCUCGAGCUCAUUCUUCUAAAUUUCCAACCUCUUCUUGGCGCUUGCAAGAGGAUGCAGCGGACUUUGAAGCUCAGGAAAGCAACAAGUCGACAAUCUGCAACAGUCCAAGCGACGUCGAUCAUCUGCGCUCA